AUGGGGGAGCCAGCCAUGGCCGAAUCUUGGAUACGCUCAUUAGAGCGCAUUUUCGCAAUCUUGGGGUGCAACGAUAGAGAACGAAUGACUUGUGUGACCUACCAGCUAACCGAGGUUGCCGACUUUUGGUGGGACACACGGAUGAAGACAAUGCCCCGAGAGCAAGCAGCGGGAAUGACUUGGGAGGGUUUCAAGACAGAGAUAUACGAUAAGUAUGUACCCAAAAGCUAUCGGAAGGCGAAGACGUCUGAAUUCUACAACCUGACCCAAGGGCGCAUGACUGUGACCGAGUAUGAUCGUGCGCUCAGCAGCAUGACUCGAUAUGCACCUGAUCAAGCCGAUACCGAUGAAAAGCUGGCCGAAAAGUUCCGUGGAGGACUAAGGCCUGAGAUAAGAAUGUCGUUGGCUAGUCGUGGGAAACUACCCUACGCGGAAGCUUUGGCCCUUGCACUAGACAUUGAGGCAGCUAUGCCCCAGGAGAGGAUGACGUACUAG